AUGGUGUACCUUUUAUUGUGUCAUAAAUUUGGGACCUCCAAAAUUGUGGAAAUAAGACGAGACAUGUUGGACAUAAAAGAAAAGAUUGAUUUUCUAGCACAUGGAAGAUAUUACAGGGAGAUUAAAAGAGUCGGUGGGAGUUUUCGAGAAGGAUUUAGGCUAGAAAGUUCAGAUCUUGAUGUUAUGUAUUGGAACAUUAAUCACCGUGUGAUAUGGGAAUUAUUUCAGUCUCUGUUUUACACCACACACAGACAGUCACUGAUCAUCUGUGACUGUUCGGAUACUCCACCAGGAUACACUUUAUUAUAUUUAUUGUCACCAACCACGAACAGAAGAAUCGAGAGAUGUUGUGUAAGAAUGAAUAACAGGCAAUAUAUAUCUAGUUCUAAAUUCAGAGGAGACUUAUGUUCUACAAUUUCGGUUAGUCCUGUUGAACAUGGACCGUGUGCCAGUGGAAUUCAUGGAAGUACAGAAUUUGAUCAUGCCCACGGUAUUAUGAGUGACUUUUGGCCUACAUCUGCUUACCCAUGGUUAGAAAGAUGUCACGCUUGGCCCCAGCCUGAAAUUGUGCAUGAUAUAGUACAAAAUGGAUGCCACUUUGUUCCAGUAGGACAUAAACGAAGCAAGCAUGAGCAUAAUGAGUGGAGAAUUUCUUUCUCUCUUGCAGAAUAUAAACUUAUGUGUGCAAUGAACCACUGCCAAUUCUUAACUUACGGAUUACUUAAACUGUUCUUAAAGGAAAUAAUUAACAAUGGACUAAGUGAUGAUGAUAAACUACUGAGUUCCUAUCACAUGAAGACGGCAGUUUUCUGGAUGAUUCAACAAAAUACAAUAACUUAUUGGUGUCCACAAAAUCUACUGGAGUGUUUCUGGGUUUGUUUUAAACAAGUCCUCAAAUGGGUGUAUGAGGGAGUCUGUCCAAAUUUUUUCAUUCCAGAAAAUAACAUGUUUAUGGCUGGUAUUUAUGGUUAUGCACAAAAUAAUUUAUUUUCUAAUCUGCAUAGGUUGUAUGAAAAAGGUUUAGAAUCCCUACUACCCUUUCCGUUCAUUAAGCGUAGUAACGAUAUUGUCCUACGUAAUCCCGAGGUCCGAAUCAAUACAGAUGAUCAGAAUAUAGAGUAUGAGAUCGAUUCAGAGCUAUUUAAAGAAGUGCAUUAUCAAAGCUCACCUAUAGCAUUCAACCUACAAGGCUAUAUGAGGUAUCUUCAGAUAAUAGAGCAGAUAAUAAGUUCACAAUUUAUUGCACAGCAUAAAGUCAUUUGGCUACAAGCAAUCACAGUCGAUGUCUUCCAUAAAACAGCCUUUAUUAUACAAAAUAUGAAUUGUACAAAAGGAAAUAAAAAGAAGUAUAGAUCUGACAAAAUCUCCUGUCACCUGCUAAAAUUAGCAGCAAAGUUUGGUUGUAUAUCUGAAAUUCUGUAUUUAGCAAUAUAUUAUUACAAGACACAAAGAUACUCAGAAGUUUUGUCUUUGAUAGAGGAGACGAAGCUUAAGGACAGGUUGAAACAGCUGUACGUGGUAUAUGGUCAUAUUUUUCCAGAUAGGUAUUCCGAGGCUCUAGUGGGACUGUCUUGGACUAAGAAACUGAGACUAGCCGUAGCAUGGGAUAUAAAAUUUCUAUAUCACAUCCAUUACAUUAAUGAGUUGGUACCAGAACAACAGUCUUGUCUACAGUCCUUUGAUUUUCCAUUAUUCAUUCCACCCUUCGUGCUACUGUACAUGCUUGAGAUUUUAUGCUAUAUACAUGUAGAUCCAAUAAAAACACAAUUUGCUUUACAUGAUCUACGAACCCUCGUUAGCAUUAAUAUGGACCGCUUUGUUGAAGAUGGAGACGAAAAUAUAUCGUGGCAGAUUCUGGGGAUAUGUCAACAAAUAACAGGAGACAACCAGGCAGCUAUAAACUCAUACCAAGAAUCAAUCAG